AUGCCGCUGUUCCGUGCUGCCCAGCGCGCCGCAGAGUGCGACCGGGUUCGCCUUUUCUACAGCAAGGGCCAGUACAUGGACAACAUGACACUAAAUCAUGCGUUCACGUUGCAAGCUAACUCCAAAACGGCGUCCACACUGCUCGGCGAGAACGAGCGGAAGCAGUACCGUCGCGUUACCUCCCCAGGCCCGUCUGAGGAAGCGACGACUGUUCGCUGGGAGCCGCCUGCAGCUCGCCAGGAGCCGACGAAGUCUGCAGCGCAGCUGCAAGGGACUCCGGACGCUGAGGGAAAGCACGCUGAGCUGUCGCCUCCUGCAGUAACACCAGCGAAGAGCACCUGUUCCAGCCUCCCUGCUACGCAGCCGCGGAGCCCCUGGGUCGAGAAGCUGCGGCUGCGCAAGGCGCUGAAAGCCGACAAGAAGCCGCGCAAGCAGGCCCGCUGCUCGACGAAGGAGUAA